GUCACCGGGCACCCCGCUAAGCGGCGCCGGCCGCUGCGCGUAGGUCCGGUGUUCCGGAGUCGCAGCCACGAUCCCGCCCCGCCGCACCCAACCUCGCCAGCCUGCGCCCGGAGCGGAAGCACCAGCACCGAGGCUGGAACGCUGGCUGCGGGGCACCCAGGAGGGGACCGUCGGACACCAGGAAGGGCCAGGCGGGAUCUCCAAGCAGGAUGACUUUGGGAAUCUUUGCAAAUUGUAUAUUCUGCUUGAAAGUCAAGUACUUACCUCGUCAGCAGAAGAAAAAGCUGCAAACUGACAUUAAGGAAAAUGGCGGAAAGUUUUCCUUUUUAUUAAACCCUCAGUGCACACACGUCAUCGUAGACAGUGCUGACGUCCUGAGUCGGUGCCAUCUGAACUCCAUCCAAAAGAAUGAUGUCCGGAUUGCCAACCCAGCCUUCAUACAGGACUCUGUCAGACAGAGGAGACUCCUGGAUGUGAGCAAUUAUGAUCCUAUGUCGCCGGCUACAACAGCACCUCCAGCUGAAAGGAGCAGUUCUGUUCUAGAAGUACAAUCAGAAGAUGUGCCUUUGGACAACACCCCAGAAGAGGAGAACACCGACACCACUGAGGUUUCUGCAGAGAAUGUUGAAAUUCCUCCCUUUCUUCAAGACUUUGAGGUUGUGAAAUAUAACAUCUUGGAAAAAGUGGGAGUGGACCAAGGCCCGGAGACUGUGGUGGUGGAGCUGCAGAGCUCCCAGGACCCAGGGAGCUGCCCCUUUGUGAUAGCAGCACACUUCCUCCUGGCUGAUGGAAAGACUAGAAGAGAGAGUACUGGGAAGCAAACCUCCAAAGGUGCAAUUGAAUAUUAUGAAGGUUAUGUGGAAGACCUGAAGAGACAAGGAUUUCUGCUCCAAGAACACUUUACAGCCGAUACAACACAGUUAGCGUCUGAGAAACUGCAGGCGUUGCUUUUGGAGGAGGUCAUAAGUUCUGGAACCCUGAGCCAGGAGGUGAGCAAUUUGCUGGAGGUGAUCUGGACAGAAGCUCUGGGCCACCUGGAGCACACACUCCUCAAGCCGGUGAACAGCGUGAGCCUGAAUGAUGUGAGUAAAGCGGAGGGGAUUCUCCUCCUGGUAAAGACAGCACUGAAGAAUGGAGACUCCCCGGAACAACUGCGGAAGACAAUGGCCGAGUUCUACAGGCUGCUGCCUCACAGACAUCCAGCAUCAGAAGAAGUUAACCUGAGGCUGUUAGCUCAGAAAGAGGACCUUUGUCAGCUGGUAAGAGACAUGGUGAAUGUUUGUGAAACUAAUUUAUCCAAACCCAACCCACCAUCUCUUGCCAAAUACCGAGCUUUGAGAUGCAAAAUCGAACAUGUUGAACAGAAUACUGAGGAAUUUUCCAGGGUUAGAAAAGAAGUAUUGCAGAAUAAUCGAAGCGAAUGCCCAGUAGAUAUCUUGCAGGUAUUUAGAGUUGGCAGAGUGAAUGAAGCUACGGAGUUUUUGAGCAGACUGGGCAAUGUGCGACCCUUGUUCCAUGGGUCUCCUGUGCGGAACAUUCUUGGAAUCUUGUCCCGAGGACUGCUCUUGCCUAAGGUAGCUGAAGACCGCGGUGUGCAAAGAACAGAUGUUGGCAAUCUGGGAAGCGGGAUCUACUUCAGUGACUCACUCAGUACAAGCAUUAAGUAUGCACAUGCAGGAAAGACAGAUGGCUCCAGACUCCUGGUCGUCUGCGAUGUUGCCCUGGGAAAGUGUGUGGACUUAUUCAAGAAGGACUUUUCUUUAACUGAGGCACCACCGGGCUAUGACAGUGUGCAUGGAGUUUCAGAAACAGCCUCUGUCCCCACAGACUUUCAGGAUGAUGAAUUUGUUGUAUAUAAAACCAAUCAAGUUAAAAUGAAAUACAUUGUUAAAUUUUGCAUUCCUGGAGAUCAAAUAAAGGAAUUCCAUCCUCAUGAAAAUACUGAAUUAGAGGAGCAUAGAACUGAGCUUUCAAAUGUUCCAGAGGUUGAAGAUUUCCAGUUACCAGACAUCAAGCCCCUCACAAACGUUAAAGCUGGCCUUCAAGAUGAAGCUGCGAAUUCUGUCCCUCUUGACAGUGUUCACAUCAAGGGAAGAAUAAUAGACUUUGUAGCCCAGGUCAUUGUUUUUCAGACAUACACAAAUCAAAGCCAAGUACCUAUUGAGGCAAAAUAUAUCUUCCCAUUGGAUGACAAGGCAGCCGUGUGUGGCUUCGAGGCAUUUAUCAAUGGGAAGCACAUUGUGGGAGAGAUAAAGGAGAAGGAAGAGGCCCGACAGAAAUACCAAGAGGCUAUCAGCCACGGUCAUGGUGCUUACUUGAUGGACCAGGAUGCUCCGGAUGUUUUCACUGUAAGUGUUGGAAACUUACCCCCUCGGGCUAAAGUUCUUAUCAAAAUCACUUACAUCACGGAACUCAGCAUCCAAGGUCCUGUGGCCAUCUUCUUCAUCCCUGCCACUGUAGCACCCUGGCAACAGGACAAGGCAUUGAAUGAGAACCUUCAGGAUACAGUAGAGACGAUUUGCAUAAAGGAAAUUGGAGCAGAGCAAAGCUUCUCCCUGGCUAUGUCCAUCGAGAUGCCGUACAUGAUUGAAUUCAUUUCCAGUGACACACACGAGCUGAGACAAAAGAGCACAGACUGUAAAGCUGUAAUUAGCACCAUGGAAGGCAGCUCCCUGGACAGCACUGGAUUUUCUCUCCACAUUGCUUUGCGUGAUGCAUAUCUUCCAAGGAUGUGGGUCGAAAAACAUCCAGAAAAAGAAAGCGAGGCUUGCAUGCUUGUCUUUCAGCCGGAGCUUGCAGACAUCCUCCCUGACCUCUGUGAAAAGAAUGAAGUGAUUAUUUGUCUUGACUGUUCCAGUUCCAUGGAGGGUGUGACAUUUACGCAAGCCAAGCAGAUUGCCCUGUAUGCUCUGUCUUUGUUGGGUGAGGAGCAAAAAGUCAACAUUAUGCAGUUUGGCACAGGGUACAAGGAACUAUUUUCAUACCCUAAGUGCAUCACGGACAAUAAAAUGGCCACAGAGUUCAUUAUGUCUGCAGCACCUUCCAUGGGGAACACAGACUUCUGGAAAAUUCUCCGCUAUUUAAGUUUCCUGUACCCUUCAGAGGGGUUCAGGAACAUUCUCCUCAUAUCUGAUGGGCACCUCCAGAGUGAGAGUCUGACACUGCAGCUUGUGAAAAGAAAUACCCAGCACACCAGAGUGUUCACCUGUGCUGUUGGUUCUACAGCAAAUCGUCACAUCUUAAGGACCUUGUCUCAGUACGGUGCUGGAGUGUUUGAAUAUUUUAACUCAAAAUCUAAGCACAGUUGGAAAAAACAGAUAGAAGCCCAAAUGACCAGGAUACGUUCCCCAAGUUGCCACUCUGUCUCUGUCAAAUGGCAGCAGCUUAGCAGAGAUACCCCUGAGCCCCUGCAGGCCCCGGCGUGGCUGCCCUCCUUGUUUCACAAUGAUCGGCUCCUGGUCUACGGAUUCAUUCCUCAUUGUACACAAGCAACUCUGCGUGCAUUCAUCCAAGAGAAAGAAUUUUGCACAAUGGUGUCAACUACAGAACUUCAGAAGACAACUGGGACUAUGAUUCACAAGCUGGCAGCACGGGCGCUAAUCAGAGACUAUGAAGACGGCAUUCUCCACGACAAUGAAACCAACCACGAGAUGAAGAAAAACAUCAUGAAAUCCCUGAUUAUUGAACUCAGUAAAGAAAAUUCUCUUAUUACACAGUUUACAAGCUUUGUGGCAGUUGAGAAAAGGGAUGUCAAUGAGAUUCCUUUUGCUAAUGUUCCAAAUAUUUCGGAACUUGUUGCCAAAGAAGAUGUAGACUUUCUACCCUACGUGAGUUGGCAGGAAAAGCAGCCAGAGACCUUUACCUCACAGGCAGAGAUUGAGUCUUCAAGACAAAAGCAAGAUGAAGUCACUGAUGGUAGUGGAGUGCUACAGUUCUCUCCUAUGCAGCCCUUCUCCAUCUCCUCUGAAGGGAAUGAGAAACCAUCACUGCUAUCCACUGUUAAAAAACGUAAAAUAAAGACUAUAAAGACGUGUAAUCUAGACGAUUUUGAAGAUUCUCAAGACAUGUCCGCCGCACCACAGUCUCCUAACUUCCUCCUGCCUCUCGAUAACUGCCCACAACCAAAGGAUGUGGAGCAGCUGCUGGAUGUGAACUGGAUGAAGCCAAAGGAAAAAAGAGGAAUUAGAAGCCAGCUCAUGGCAAAGACGCUUCCAAAUGUGCCUGUUUCCCUGGAUUCUCCUGCUCCUGCAGAUGCAGCUGGGUUUUCUUUCCUCUCUGCCCGCAGCUCUAGGUCUGCCCGUCACCUUGGUGGUACCCACCCUCCUCCCCCUCUUCCUCCCCCUCUUCCUCCCCGUCUCCGUAGUGGUACCCACCCUCCUCCUCUCCCUCCCACUCUCUUUGGUGGUACCCACCCUCCUCCCACUCUCUUUGGUGGUACCCACCCUCCUCCCCCUCUCCCUGGUGGCACCCCUCUUCCUACCCCUCCCUCUCUCUUUGGUGGUACCCAUCUUCCUCCCCCUCCUCCUCCCCCUCCCCCUCCCCCUGCUGGCACCCAAUUUUCUCUUUCUCCUAUAGGACUCACCCCACCUAAGAUGGGUCUGUUUAAGCUCAGCCAAAGCAGUAAGCUUGCCAUCUAUGACUCGGAGCCGCCUCCCUUGGGCUCUAGGGGUAUGACCUUUAAUGGCACAGGCUUUAGUGGUAUGGGUUUUGGGGGUGGUACCACUUUCUCAGGUAGCUUCGCAAGUUCAAAGGAUUUUGAUCCAGGUAAAUUUUCCCAAGACCCAAACAACAUCAGCUUCUCUCGCAAAGCCCCUGAACUGGGUAUUCUUCACGGGUCACCUUUUUGCAGUCCUCCUAAGCCACCUUCUGCCUCUCCUCUUGUCACCAGUGUACUAAGCUCUGGGGUUCCUCAGAGCUCUUCUUUUUUUCAUUUGCAAAGUGCCUCAGAACCUCGGAGCCCUAAUUACAGAAUGUCAGAGAUCAGCAGGAAGUCACUUGAGUUAGCUCUCCCAUUAGAUUAUUCUUCCAGAGCUGUGUCAUCAGCCUGCGUCCUAGAAGAGGCCAGGGCUGCCUCACUGGCUCCAUGUUCUUUUGAAAUGGAAACAUAUGAUGACGUAACAUUUGCAUGCGACGAUGUUGAUGAGAAGUUUUUAACAAGUAUUGAGAAUUCGUUAGAAGAGGAAAGUGUCAUCUGUGAAGAAGAUGAGGAAAGUGUCAUCUGUGAAGAAGAUGAGGAAAGUGUCAUCUGUGAAGAAGACCGGAAGAGCCCUGUGUCGUGGGCGUCACUCUUUGCUCUGCAGACUGAGGAUGGUUUUUGGAAACUGACACCAGAACUAGGACUUAUACUAAAACUUAAUGUAAAUGCUUUACUCAAUUCUCUUGAAGAAAAGGGCAUUCGAUCUCUAGGUACAAAAGGGAGAGAGCGUCUCCUGGACCUGAUUGCCACUUUGCUGGUACUGCAGUUUCUUUAUACUGAGUUGGAACAAGAAGGAACGGUUACCAAAUCUCUGAUAAAGAUGGAUGACGCCUUCAUUUUUAGGAAUAUUCCAUGGGCUUUUGAGAACAUAAAGAAAGCAAGAGAAUGGGCCAGAAGGACAGAAGGACAGUAUCCAUCUAUCUGCCAACGGCUUGAGCUGGGUAUAGACUGGGAGUCAGCCACAAAGCAACUACUGGGAAUUCAGCCCCAAGCCAACACUUCUCUUCACCGAAUUCUACACUACAGUCAAGGCUGAAGCCAAUGAAAUAGCAUUUUAAACCUUUCUCAUAUUUCUUUUGUUGUUGUUUUGCUUUUAUUUUUUUCAAGACAGGGUUUCUCUAUCUAGCCCUGGCUAUCCUGGAAUUCACUCUGCAGAGCAAGCUGGCCUCACACUCAAGCGAUCUGCUUGCCUCUGUGUUCCAAGUGCUGGGACUAAAGGUGUGCACCACUGCCCUGUUGCCUUUCGCAUAUUUCUAUGUAGAAAAUAAUUAAAUAGUAAAGAUACCGAUGAUGACAUGUAAUCCGUUUUAAGUGUAGCUAUCAUCCACUUUAAAAUAAAAUGGAAAGAAUUGAUUAAUCAUUUAACAACAAUAAAAGCUGUAAGAACUAA